AUGGUUCUAACAACUCAAUACAGUUCUCGUCUUGGUACUACCGUCUCUGAAAUCUCCAACAACUUGGAAAAUGUACAGAACAUCAAGAUGUUUGAUAAGAUGAAGUUUUCCAUGCUGAUACCCAAAGUAGAAAAUCAUUUGACAAGUACGAUACCACAAUGCAAGGCAGUGCUACUUUGUGGUAUUGAAACGCACGUGUGUGUAUUGCAAACGUGUCUUGACUUACUAGACAAAGGCUACGAUGUGCAUGUGGUUUCAGAUGCCGUGUCUAGCUCUACGAGCUACAACCGUUCGAUUGCAUUAGAGCGUAUGCGCCAGUCCGGUGCCUUUAUCACGUCCGUGGAGUCAGCCAUCUUCCAGCUGGCAAAUGACGCAAGCAACCCUGAAUUCAAGAGCAUCUCAAAACUCAUCAAGGAACAUCUCAAGGUAGAGAACGGAUUCGAUACUGGCGUGCGCAUGUAG